GGAGCUUGUACCUAUUCUGAGAGCUGAGUCCCAGUGGCGGCGGCGGCCUGGAGGUAGCUUGUUGAGGGGGUUGUUACCUGCCUCACGUCCGCGGGCCUUAGAGAGGCCUUAACUAGACCCCGCAGCGGGCGGCGGCCGGCCUAGGUAGCGUCGACCCUGCCCCUCGGCGACGCUGCGGAAAAGCAGGCGCGCUUUGUGAGUCUGAGGCGGCGGCGGGAACUGCUCAGACUCCGGAACGUCCCUCCCUGCCUCCCCGGUGACUGACGAAAAGCUCCCUUGGAAUAGUGAUUUCACCGAGUGACCGUGAGCUCUGGGCGACGCGUAGCUUGUAGUUCUGGCUGCACUCGGCUAUUCAGGCACUUUGUGAGAAUUUCAGUAUAUGGAAACACUGUCUGUGUUCCAACCGGUGUAUAUUCCAAAGGUCUCAGUGUAAAUGCAGGACCAGAAUAUUGCAUGUCAGUCAGUCAGCCAGCCAUACUCUUAAUGACUCCUGAACUCUCAUGGACUUCCAAAGAAGCACCAUGGCUGUCAUGAUUCCUGCGUUGCUGCGAGGCUUUGUGGGGGCCAUCUGCGCUCAGGCUGCUUUGAGGAGACUGACACCCAGCGCUUUGCGCCACCUUACUCUAAGCAGCGUAAUGAAAUCCAAAAGGAAAACUGAUCACUUGGAGAGAACUGCAGAUGUCGUUCGCCGGGAGGUCGUGUCAGCAGCUAAGGUGUGUGGAGCAGCUGAUGAGUCCCCGUCUGUGAAGAGACUCCGCCUGCUUGUCGCUGAUAAAGACUUUUCUUUUAAAGCCGGCCAGUGGGUUGACUUCUUUAUCCCAGGAGUCUCUGUGGUUGGUGGGUUCUCAAUAUGCUCCAGCCCCAGACUGCUAGAACAAGAGAGAAUGAUAGAAUUGGCAGUGAAAUACACAAACCACCCUCCUGCUCUCUGGAUUCACAAUCAGUGUACACUGGACUCGGAAGUGGCCGUGAGAGUGGGUGGAGAGUUCUUCUUUGACCCUCAGCCUGCAGACACCUCUAGAAACCUUGUGUUGAUUGCCGGAGGAGUUGGAAUUAACCCUCUGCUUUCCAUCCUGCGGCAUGCAGCAGACCUCCACAGAGAACGGGCGAACAAGGGACGUGGGUACGAGAUUGGGACAAUCAGACUGUUCUACAGUGCAAAAAACACCGGCGAGCUCCUGUUCAAGAAAAAUAUCCUUGAUUUAGUAAAUGAAUUUCCUGAGAAGAUUGCAUGCAGUUUGCAUGUUACAAAACAGACUACACAAAUCAGUGCAGACCUCAAGCCAUACAUCACGGAAGGAAGAAUAACGGAGAAGGAGAUAAGAUAUCAUAUUUCGAAAGAGACCUUGUUCUACAUUUGUGGCCCACCUCCCAUGACAGACUUCUUCUCCAAGGAACUGGAGAGCAGCCACGUUCCCAAAGAACACAUCUACUUUGAGAAGUGGUGGUAGGGGGCAGGCGGAGGUGCAGAAGGGUGGGAUGGAGGUCCACAAGGACAGGGACAGACAGUACACUCUGUGAUUCGUGGUGGAUGAAUUUACCUCUACCCAGUCUUAGUUUUUAAGGCUGUGAACUCAGUGACCAGUUGGAGAAACAAGAAAAACCAGCUGACAGACUUAAAUGAUAAACUUUUUGCAAAAACUUCAUUGAUUAAACUGAUUUUCACAACGUUGACUUUCUUUUAUGAGUAACUGCUUGAUUAUCUCAUGAUGUACCUCGAAUUGGUCAAUAGGGAUUUUCUUUCCCCUUAA